AGCCAUCAACAACAAUAUUCAAUACUACGCCAGGACCUCGGUUGGGCUGGAGCCAAGUCGACCCUACCAUAUUUGCGAAUGACAAGGACGUGAUGCAGGCGGUCAUCGAUGAACGAGUUUUGUUGGCUCUUGUCGUUGAGACGAACAGUACUGAUAAACUGGCUGCCGCGAGGCAAACUGGCAGCUCAUUGUCCAAUAUGCUACUACUCGUCAUGAAGUCACGAUCGGCAUUGCCGUCACUCCAAUCUACAGCAGCCUCCUUGGGGAGAUUUUGUCGUCUCUCGCUACUACAGCAGUAUUUCACGCAAAUCUAUGCGCAGGUUCAGGCCAAUGAAGCUGCCUUGCAACUAAUAGCACAAACCCUACAAACAAUUUCUCCUGGCAUCGGCUGUACCGCUGUUGAACGUUGACCUUCGGCCAUUUGAGUGGGCACAAACCUUGAUCUGUCAGUGCUGAGCCACCUACAUACUUGCCCUAUGUAGCAAUAUUCAUUGAUUCCCGUGCUUGCCACCUUGAAGUAUGUGUGAACCAUGAUGUCAAUGGGCGCAUCAUCCCAUCUGAGUGCAACGCUCCGCCAU